UGCCAACGCAGUUCUUCGGGAGCGGACAAGCGCAUAGUCUAAAAAUGCCAACUACAGUGACACAGACGGAAAGGGAGAGAAAGAAACAGAAAGAGGGAGGUAGAGAGAGAGGGGGCAGUGAUCAACAGUGAGUGAGCGAGAGAUAGAACUGCAGCAGACCUGGAUCAGAUAGCAGAGAUAGAGAGAAAGAGCGAGAGACAGAGAAAGAAGAGAGGGUGACUGUAUGGAUUGGACAAGGUUGGGGGAAACGUUAAACAAGUGGACCCCUCCAGAGAGAGAGAGAGAGAUCCCCAAAGAUCAUUCGGACUGAAAUAUCAUGCUGCUUUUCCCAGAAAAUUGUUACCUAGAGAGGUUACCUUUGGGGGUUCUUGUCAUUUGUGAAGGGCUACUUUCCUUCCCAAUUUUCUCAUCUAUCUAUUUCUGAAAACGAGAGCACACAGAACCCAGAGCACCUAUCGAGUGUGUCUUGCUGGAACAGGUGUUGUGUAGCGGUACAGUCCCUAUCCUGUCACUGCGUUGUGUUGUGCAGACACUUUUCCUGAACGGAGAAAGAGACUAUUGACGACCAGGACCGAUCGAGAUGAAGAAGCUCAGCGGCUUUUUCCGGUUCUGCCUCACUCGGAUGGAGUGGUUCUACCCAUAAAGGAUCUGAAGAGAAUUAGCCAGAACCCAGCAGAGAACAUGCUACAGUUUGGCUAAAGAACCUUAGCGAGCAGAAGGGGAACUGGAAAACCUCUGUGGAAAUCUCUGUACCUCUGUUUUAGAGCAGUUGGAGAAAGGGAACUUUAACUUGAACAAAUAGGGAUCAUCACAUCACAAGGUCAGGAAGGGUGUGUCUAGGACCCAUUUGGCCACUUGGACAGAGAUCUGUUUUGGCAUCAGGGGGGAACUGCCUAUGCCCAUUUCCUGUGAUCCCCAGUGCUAUUUCCCGCAUCUCGACUACCACUCUGACUGUUGAGUUGGAGCAGCGACACUCUGGUGCUCCACUGGCUGAGCCUGACUUGGUCAUGAGUGUGGUCGGGGCGCACCGCUACAGCAUUGUGUCCUCGGAGGAAGAAGGUCUGCGUCUCGGUGCCAUGCCUUCCGUCACAAUGGGCAACGGCUUCGGUAACGGCAAGAUCCACACGACGCGCCGCAAGUGCCGCAGCCGCUUCGUGAACAAGAACGGCCAGUGCAAUGUGCACUUCUCGCACAUGGACGAGAAGUCGCAGCGCUACAUGUCGGACAUCUUCACCACGUGCGUGGACAUCCGCUGGCGCUGGAUGUUCCUGAUGUUCACACUGGUGUUCGUGGUGUCCUGGCUGGCAUUCGGCCUGGCCUUCUGGGUCAUCGCUUUGCUUCACGGAGAUAUGGACAACCCGGGUGGUGGAGAUGAUAACUUCACCCCCUGCGUCCUGCAGGUCAACAGCUUUGUGGCCGCCUUCCUGUUCUCCGUGGAGACACAGACCACCAUUGGUUAUGGCUUCCGCUGCGUGACGGAGGAGUGCCCCUCAGCCGUUUUCAUGGUGGUCUUCCAAUCCAUUUUCGGCUGCAUCAUCGACUCCUUCAUGAUCGGUGCCAUCUUAGCCAAGAUGGCGCGGCCUAAGAAGCGUGCAGAGACGCUACUGUUCAGCAACAAUGCAGUGAUCGCCAUGCGGGAUGGGAAGCUGAGCCUUAUGUGGAGGGUGGGUAACCUGAGGAAGAGCCACAUGGUGGAGGCCCAUGUCCGGGCCCAGCUCAUCAAGCCCCGCAUCACAGAGGAGGGUGAGUACAUCCCCCUGGACCAGAUCGACAUCAACGUAGGGUAUGACACGGGCAUUGACCGCAUCUUCCUGGUCUCUCCGCUCACCAUUGUGCAUGAGAUCGAUGAGGAGAGCCCCCUGUUUGGCAUCAGCAAGCAGGACCUGGAGUUGUCCGACUUUGAGAUAGUGGUGAUACUUGAAGGGAUGGUGGAAGCCACAGCCAUGACAGCGCAAGCUCGCAGCUCCUACCUGUCCUCAGAGAUUCUGUGGGGUCACCGCUUCGAGCCUGUCGUCUUCGAGGAGAAGAGCCAGUACAAAGUGGAUUACGCUCACUUCCACAAAACCUUUGAGGUGCCAUCCACCCCCCAGUGCAGUGCCAAGGACAUGGCGGAGAUGGAGGAUGAGAACAAGGAUCCUACGCCUACUGCCAACACUUUCUGCUAUGAGAAUGAGCUGGCUUUCAACAGCCAGGACGAGGAAGAGGAUGAGGAGGGGGAGGAGGAUGGGGACAGGGUGCCAGAGCUGGAGAGACUGCAGGCCACCGUCAGCCUAGACCAGAGGUCAUAUCGUAGAGAAUCAGAGAUAUGACCUUUGACAUUUGACCUUUCAAAAUAGUUUUCUUGUAACUCAGUUCUAGCGGGUUGUUUUCCAAGUGAAUACAUGCAGAGCAAUGCAAGUGCCAAAUGAAACCCAUGACUUAUGUGUUCGCAUCACGCUACAGCCAUGAGGAAGGAGGAAAUCACUCUGAAACAGCCAUGCUUGCUCAUAGCAUGGAAUAACAGGAACAGUCAUAAAAAAGACCCCUCUCUCUUUAAGAAAACUUUAAAUCUUUUGGUCAUGAGAUGGUUUGAGGUAGGAGCUUUAUAUAAUGCAAUAUUCAUUGUCUAUUAGGAAAUAAUAUCUUAGCUCUAAAAAAAUAUAUAUUGAUUUCUUAGUUGAGUGUGUGAAGUAUUUUCAACAGAUCAAGAGGGGAUUUUGGGGGAUUCUUACAACUGCCCUGUAUUGUAGUUUACAGAGUCAAAGAGGCAGAGUGUGCUGGAAAUAGAAACACUGGAUACUUACUGCUGUUUAGUUAAACAUUUUAUAUAUGCACACCUGUAGUUUUAAAGGUGCUUUCCAUAAACAUUGCCUGCUGCUAAUUAGCUAUUUGAAAUAAAUAUGAAAUAUAAACUUCAAAUUGGAAGAAUACAGUGAUAAAAUGCAUAAAUGCAUACGUUUGCGUUGUGUAUUUUGCAUUUCUAUACAAUUUGAAUCCCUUAGAAAGUGAACAAUUGAUAGCAUGAAAGUAGAUUUUGUUAUAUUACUGGGAAUCUGUAUAGAAAACAAUUAGUGGGCACAAUUUACUAUCAAGUGAACAAAACACUUUGUUUUGCUGUCUAAAUCACUCUCUAGCAAUUGCACCCCACCACUUUAUUUGUUUUGAACAGGGAAUCUGAUUGAUUUAGACAGCUCCAGUUAUUGCACACAGCUGAACGGCAGACCAGGCAUUGAUAAAGCACAGUUACAGGUUAGCUCGUACCGAAAUCUAGCACAAAUAGAACAAAGCACUGCAUUAAGGGGCUACACUCGGCUACACUUGAAAAUCAAACAAAUUAACCCAUUAGCCACCGCACAAAAGCAAAAGAUUGGCUAACAAAAGAGCGGUAGCCUUAGCUGUAUAUUAGGCUACAUUUCAGCUGAUAAUACUAAAAUGGGAGUUGGCUGGGUGACUGAGGUUAAAGACCAGAUAAUAUAGAACUGUAGAAUUGACCUACUGACAGACAGUCUUACCAAAAACCUUAAAACAGAGGAAAUAAGUGAAAAGUGGGAAUAAAGUAUGGUACGGUACUAAAAAUGGGUAUAUAAUUUGCACUGUUACAUCUCCUUCCAGUCAUCACAUUGGCUGAGGAGACAUCAAUCAAGACAUGGGUCAUGUUCAUUAGGCACCAAAAGGGAAUAAAAACAGAUUAAAACAGGAACCGCAAAUUUUUGUUUACUAUUGCAUAUGUUUUGAAACGUUGUGUGCCCUAAUGAACAUGGCCAUGAGGUUGCUUAAAGAGGAGAUACCAUUGGACAUCCCUAAACAGACCCAAAGGAGGAAAUAGUGAGAAAUAGAAUAAUGGAGAGAGACAAAAGAGGAUUACAUUAGCGACCUGUUCUCCCACAAGGGCUCUUUGCAGACAGGCAGCACUUGGAGAAAUGAACAUGUCUAAUUACAGUACGGGGGGAAUAUGUAACAUAAUUUAAUAAAUUAAAUGUGUUGUAGAAAUAGAUUAUUGCCUGCAAAACUUGUCACCGCGAAUUAGAAAAACUCUGGGUAGGAAAUAGUGCCAAAUGGUACCUAUUCCCUACAUAGUGCACCACUUUUGACCAGAACCCAUAGUACUUAUUCCCUACAUAGUGCACUGCUUUUGACCAGAGCCCUAUAGGUGUGUAGGGAAUAGGAUGCCAUUUGUGAUGCAAUCCUUGUUCUUUCUGCUUUUCAUAUCUGAACUAUGCACCUUAGAUACAGUUUUUUAAAAAGAAGAGUGAAAAUUAAUAACAACAUGAAAACAAUACUAUAGAGUCAAGACAGGUCAUUAAUUUAGGUUCAACACAACAGUAAGUGUACACCUGACAGAUUUGGACAUAUGUCAGUAAUAUGGUAGUAGAUCAGACCCUCUCUUAGGUUAGGUUACUACUGUUUAACUUACACCAAUUUCUGCUACUCCAGUUUUGAACGGGAAUCAAGAAGUGUAUGGUGGUAGGGACUAGUACUACAGUGGUUUAUGUUCAAUUAAAACUGGGUUGUACAGUCCUGCUAUCCAGAAUACGGCUUGUCUAUCAAGGUCCAUUCAGAUGAGCAUUAUUCUCAAGGUGAAGCUUGCUGUUGGCUUUUGUGGCCGUGUAUCAGAACCUCUCAUGUUGUAUCCGAUCCAAUCAACUGACUCUUAUUAUUCAAACCCUUGGCGAUAGACAGAAGAUAGGCCCAAAAUAGACCUCCUGAUGCUUCUUUUCUUUCAACACUUUCAAGCAACACAAAACUUUGGCUUCAAGCCCUAACUACCCGUCGGGACUCUUCUUCCCAAAUGAAACCUAAACCAAAGUUGUGUACUGGACUGUGUAGUCAGAGCCAGAUAAAGCUGGUUUUAGUGCAUGAGCUUGAGCAAUACUCGUCCAUGUACUGUAUGUGUCAAGUUGCGAUAUCCAAAAUGGCACUCUAUUCCCUAUAUAGUCUACUAUGGUGCUCUUGCUCUGGUAGAGCAAAGUAAAAUAGAGUACUACAGUACAUAGAGAAUAAGGUGCCAUUAAGGGCGCACCCUCAGUCCUCCCUACAAACCCAACAGAGCCCCAGGAUACUGUAUGGAGGAUCCACAGCCCGGUCAAACAGGUUACUGUUUUCUAGUAUAUUUUUGUAGAGUACCAGAAUUCCUUGUCCCUCCUACUGCAUAAAAUAACUCACUAUAUAGCCCUGUAUGACCUAUAAUAGUUUUUGUGGCAAUCUUUCAUAGAGUAGACAUUAGGGACAUAGAAAUGUCUUGUAUAGAAUGGCCAUCACCUUUUGAAAAGCAAUGUUGGAUGGAUGCCAGUCAGAUGGCUAAUGAACUUGGAGGAGUAGUGGUUUGACGAAAUAUUAAAGUAAUUGAUGAUUUUUUUGUUUUGUUUCAGAACUUUGUGUAAUUCACACACUAUCUGAUCUGUUAAAUUGUGCGGCUAUGUCGUUUUGUUCAUAAUAAUUAAUGUGGAAUGGAGAGAACAGUAUCAAUACAUUGUAAUUCUAAACUAGCUCUCACAGUCUCACGUCAGAAUUAGACGUUCAUCCAUGUCUCUCAAACGUCCAAUUUCUAAGUUCUUCGAAACGUCAAAUUGUGGACUUAGGCAGUAACUCCACAUUUUGUGGAGUUAAAAACUUAAAAACAACUUUCUUUCACUGAAUUUGAACAUGCAACCUUUGACAGCAGAUGCCUAUGCUUACCCACCAUCCCUGUCUACAAUGUCUAAGCAAAACCAAAACCUACUUGAAGGUAACAGCGCUCCCUGUUGCACCUAGUGGCCAGUUUCCACGUCAUAUCAGAUAUUGAUAUAUGUCGACUCCUGACUGGUGUCACGGGUGAACUACAGCAUCACAUUAUUUAGCUUUCUGGGAAGGUUAACACAUGGCAAGGAAGAUUAGUUGCGUGCAAAUGGCACGAUAUUUCUUUAAUCAUGCACAACUUUGGGCCCUGGUCAAAAGUAGUGCACUUUGAAGGGAAACAUUUAAGUCAUUUAACAUUUAAGUCAUUUAGCAGACGCUCUUAUCCAGAGCGACUUACAAAUUGGUGCAUUCACCUAAUGACAUCCAGUGGAACAGCCACUUUACAAUAGUGCAUCUAAAUCUUUUAAGGGGGGGGGGGGGCAGAAGGAUUGCUUUAUCCUAUCCUAGGUAUUCCUUGAAGAGGUGGGGUUUCAGGUGUCUCCGGAAGGUGGUGAUUGACUCCGCUGUCCUGGCGUCGUGAGGGAGUUUGUUCCACCAUUGGGGUGCCAGAGCAGCGAACAGUUUUGACUGGGCUGAGCGGGAACUGUACUUCCUCAGUGGUAGGGAGGCGAGCAGGCCAGAGGUGGAUGAACGCAGUGCCCUUGUUUGGGUGUAGGGCCUGAUCAGAGCCUGAAGGUACUGAGGUGCCGUUCCCCUCACAGCUCCGUAGGCAAGCACCAUGGUCUUGUAGCGGAUGCGAGCUUCAACUGGAAGCCAGUGGAGAGAGCGGAGGAGCGGGGUGACGUGAGAGAACUUGGGAAGGUUGAACACCAGACGGGCUGCGGCGUUCUGGAUGAGUUGUAGGGGUUUGAUGGCACAGGCAGGGAGCCCAGCCAACAGCGAGUUGCAGUAAUCCAGACGGGAGAUGACAAGUGCCUGGAUUAGGACCUGCGCCGCUUCCUGUGUGAGGCAGGGUCGUACUCUGCGGAUGUUGUAGAGCAUGAACCUACAGGAACGGGCCACCGCCUUGAUGUUAGUUGAGAACGACAGGGUGUUGUCCAGGAUCACGCCAAGGUUCUUAGCGCUCUGGGAGGAGGACACAAUGGAGUUGUCAACCGUGAUGGCGAGAUCAUGGAACGGGCAGUCCUUCCCCGGGAGGAAGAGCAGCUCCGUCUUGCCGAGGUUCAGCUUGAGGUGGUGAUCCGUCAUCCACACUGAUAUGUCUGCCAGACAUGCAGAGAUGCGAUUCGCCACCUGGUCAUCAGAAACGUGCUGCUACUACUGUACAAGGUGUCAUCUCUGUAAUAAUGAUGGCAAUGGGCGAUCAUAGAGAUGCAAAAAAUCAUCAACAUCUGCUUUAUCUACGGUAUCAUAGGGUAGUGGAUGACCAUUGAUAUUUAAUGAGCCGAAUUAACACUUUUGAUACCCAAUUCCCUAUAUAGUGCACUACCUAUGCCCUGGUCAAAAGUAUUUCACUAUGUAAGGAAUAGGGUGCCAUUUGUGACUUAGACUUAAUUAUCCAUGACUCUUAGUAAUACUCCCAUAUGGGUCCGUAGAUAGGGCAGUCUGUCUAUGUGCAGUGGAAUCUUACUUGCUCACUAUUUUCAUAAAUCAACACUAUUCUAUUUUUAUAUCCAUCUUGGUGAGCUGUUUUUUCUUCUUAAUAUCUCUGAAUAUGCUUGGAGGAUGAGGAAAGGGGUUGAGUUAGGUUGAUACUUGAGCACAAACUGAAACUGAAAACCUGGGGAUGAGGAGAAGGAAUUGGGGGGGGAAGAUACAAACUGAAACUGCGUUCAAACUGAGCUUUUAGCACGUCAUAACUACUGAUCUAUAAUCUCUAAAUCUAGAUUUAAAAUACCAAUAACAUAAGCCAUCAGAUGAUACCAACCAGAAAGUUGUGGAGAUAUAAGAGAUGUCCGAGCUGCUCACUAAGUCUCUGAUUAAAACUAAUUGCUAUUUAUCUUCAGAAAGGAGAAGGGAUUCGGUAACUGACUCGACUGGAUGGACUGGUUGAGCUUUGACCUCUAUCGGACGUCUUCCACUCUCUGAACGAGCCCGAGAUGCUGAAUUACACUGACUGGGUUGUAUUGAUAUAUUUUUCUCCUACCUUUUGGUUUAUUUCAAUGAACAAUAAACGAUGAAAACUUUAAUAAAUCAUCAAAAAAAUAUAUAUAAUUACAAGAUGUAA